CUCCCUUCUCCCUUCCCUUCCCUUCGCUUCCCUCCUUCUUCUUUACUCUGACUCAUGUCGUUCAGCAACCCGACGCCGUCAACCGCCGCAGCCGGGUCUGCCGCCCGCCCCUACCAGCUCGGCAUUCCGCUCCAGCGCGAUCAGGUGCGCGCGUACUUUCGCAGCCGCCCCGAUCGCUACCGCCCGUUCGGCAAGAGCGACGCCCUGCUUGCGCUCGCCGUGGCCGUGCUGCUCUUCAACCCGUUCGUCGUGCUGAUGCUGGCCGACGCCGUCCCGCUGCUGCCAAUGUCGGCGUCGUAUGUCGAGGCACUGCGCCCGCGUCCCGCUCCGCUCGGCUGGAAGAAUCUCGGUGCCGCCGCUGGCGACGAGCCCCACCGCAUCAUGUUUGCCGUCAAGCAGAGCAAUGUUCCCGAGCUGGAGCGCACGCUGAUGGCCGUCUCCGAUCCCCGCUCGCCUCGCUACGGCCAGCACUUGAGCUUUGCCGAUGUCAACAAUCUCGUCCGUCCCCAGCAGGCCCGCAUUGCUGCCGUCCGCAGCUUUAUUGCAUCUGCAUUCCCGGGCGUUGCCUUUGCAGAGAGCGCUGCGCAGGACUUUGUCACGCUCGAGGCGCCGCGCUCGCAGGUUGAAAGUGUCUUCCAGGUUCAGUUUGCCAACUUUGUCCACCUCGCAACGGGCGUCACAGCUGUGCGCACCGUUGACACGUACUCGGUGCCUGCCGAGCUGGCAUCGCACCUCGACUUUGUGGGUGGCUUCCACCGCUUCCCGGACGUGAGCCGCAUCAGCAACGCGAAAAACCUGGUCAAGGCCGACGGCGACCUGCUUGGCGCGACCCCGAGCAGCCUCCGCAAGCUGUACAACGUGACCGAUGCGAUUGGCACGGCCGCAAACAACUCCCAGUGCGUCACUGCAUUCCUCAAGCAGCACUUCCUGAAGGCCGACUACGACGAGUUCAACCGUCUGUACAACCGCGACAACGUUGGCUUUGACAUUGCCAAGGUUGUGGGCCCGGAUACUGCCCCUUCUGGCAUUGAAGCCGAGCUUGAUGUCCAAUAUGUGACGAGUGUUGCCGCUUCACACAUCAAGACCUGGUUCUGGUCUGUGGCUGGCACAACCGCCGGUCAGGAGCCCUUCCUCGAAUGGGUCCAGGAAGUCGCCAACACCUCGCAGGUCCCGUGGACUUUUUCGACCAGCUAUGGCGAUGACGAGAACUCGCUUGAUGUGGACUACAUGCAGCGCGUCAACACUGAGUUUGCCAAGAUGGGCGCCCGUGGCCUCAGCCUGUUCUUUGCAAGCGGCGACAGCGGUGUCGGUGGUGCCGGCGUCUCGUGCUCGCGCUUUGUGCCCAGCUUCCCUGCUUCCAGCCCCUAUGUGACCACCGUCGGUGGCACGGCGCUUCCUCUGACGGACAGCGACGAGCACACUGCCUCGCUCUCUGGCGGCGGCUUCUCGGACGUCUUCCCGCGCCCCGACUACCAGUCUGCCGCCGUCAACAGCUACCUGAGCUCGGCGCCCAGCCUGCCCGCCGCUUCGUACUACAACGGCACCGGUCGCGCCUAUCCCGACGUUGCAGCGCUCGCCGAAGGCUUCGUGGUCGUCAGCAACCUCAUCGUCACCCCCGGCAUUGCCGGCACGUCCUGCGCCUCCCCCACCUUCACCUCCGUUGUGAGCAAGGUGAACGACGUGCGCCUGAACGCAAACAAGUCGCCCCUGGGCUUCCUCAACCCGCUCAUCUACACGCUCCUGCCCCAGGCUGGCGCGCUUCAUGACAUUGUCAAGGGCAACAACCCUGGCUGCGGCACUCCCGGCUUCCAAGCCACUGUCGGCUGGGAUCCCACGUCGGGCUUUGGCAGCCCCAACUAUGGCCUUUUCGCCCAGCUGGCACUGAGCCUGUAGUCAAAAAAAGAAGCAAGUCAGCAGUCCCCAAAAGAUGAUGAUGCUGUGUGUCUAUUCUGAUUCUGAUUCUGGGAGAUGAUGUUGUUGUUGUUGCAUGCUGCUGUUUGUGUGUGAUUGGAGUUUUCGCUCGUUCUGCAGUAUUACCACAAAUGCAAAUGUAACAGGCUGCA